AUGUAUCCUAUUUUCUUUAUUUUAUUGCAAUUUCUUUUAAUCUCUAAUGCACAGGAUCAUAUAUUCAUUCGUGAUUAUUUUUUUUAUAAAAAAGUGCGAAAUGUUGUGGGAUUUUCUUGUGGUGAUACAAUAGGUGAUUUUAAUCUUCUGAAAACGCUAAGCACCACGGGUAUAUUUACGAUAAUAAGGGAAUCUAGUGUGAAAAUUGACUUCCGAAGAUUUAUGAGAAGUGAAACUUGGACAGUAGGCGUCGUAAUCGAUUUGCGAUGCCAUAAUGAAACUGCUGUACGAAUUUUCACAGAAAGUUCAAAAUAUCGAAUGUAUGAUUAUUCAUACAAUUGGCUAAUACUGGAUUCGAAUUAUAAUCACACUAUUUCACUUUUGAACGAUACUGCUUACAACAUAAUAACAGAUGUUGCUCUCGCUAUAUCGAACAAAAAUGGCUUCGAUUUGUAUGAUGUCUUUAAUCAUUGUAAAUAUCGUGGUGGUAUAUUAAAUAUUACUGAACUUGGUACUUGGCGUCUUGAUUCUGGAUUGAAGAUAUUUUUGACGCAACCAUUAAUUAACAGAAGGGCUAAUAUGCAUGGAAUGAGAUUAAAAAUAUCUGGAGUGAUUCAAUAUAGGCCAAAAGACAUGCGACUCGAGGAUUACAUGCAGGAUAUAAAUACAAGAUCUUUAGAUAGUAUGCAUAAGUUUGUGCAUGCCAUGAUUUUACAUAUAGGAGAACUUUUUAAUUUUAGCGUUCAUGCUUCAGAAAUAAUUUACUGGGAUCGAAACAACGUACACGGUUUGAUUUUCGAAUUUUUACAGUCGAAUUAUAUCGAUUUUGCCAGUAAUCCGAGAAUAAUGGUGUCUGAACGAUUAGAUUAUGCUAGUCUCAUUGGUGCAGCAUGGCCAAUUAAGCCCUGUUUCAUGUUAUUAUCGACUUCAACCAAUAAGAUUAAAUUAGAAAUUUUUUUAAAACCUUUUACACGUCAAACAUGGUACGUAUUUGCUGCUUUUGGAAUAUUUUUCAUAUUCAUUAUGAAAAUAAUAAUGAAUCGUGAAGAUGUUGGCAAAAGAGAAAAAUAUUCUGAUGCAAUUAUAUUAUCGGUGGGAAUCCUGUCUCAACAAGGUGCAAAUUUUUUACCAAAACGAUUACCAAGCCGUAUAGCUCUAUUUCAAAUAAUUGUACACAGUUGGAUAAUGUAUAAUUAUUAUUCUGCUAGUAUCGUAUCAGCUCGAUUAAGUGAGCCUCUCGACAUGAUGGAAGAUUCUGUAAUUGUUCUUGCUGAUAGUAAUCUAAAAAUCGCGGCGGAAGCUGUACCAUAUUUAAAAUAUUUUUUAUAUAAUUUGAACUGGGAAUCGGACUAUUUUCGUAAAAAACGCUGGGAUCCUUUACCAGAAUCGAAAAGAUACUUACCAAUAGAAGAAGGUAUUAGACAAGUGGGUCAAGGUAUUUUAGCAUAUCAUACGGAUCCAAAUACAGCGUAUCCUUUCGUUGAAAGAAUGUUCGAUUCUAAUAAAAUCUGUGAAUUGACGGAAAUUCAUUUGUUUAAACAAUCGGUAAUGGGAAUGUAUGCCAGUCAUAAUGGCCAGUUCAUUGAAAUAGCAAAAAUAGGAUUGACAAAGAUGUUUAAUACUGGUCUUCGAAAUCGACAAAUCAAAUAUUGGUCGUCGAGGAAACCGGAAUGUCAACUUGAUACUUUAUCCACAAGAAGCAUCACAAUCUACGAAAUUGCUCCAGCAUUAAUUUUAUUAGCAUUUGGAAUCCUCGUAGCUGGUAUCAUUUGCAUUAUGGAAAAUAUUAUUUACAAUCGUUCCAUGAAGGAAAUAAAUCAAAGGAGGAAGAGUGAAACAAAGGAAAGUUUUAGCAGUGAUAAUAGUAGAAAUAAUUUAUUAGAUAUUAUUCCAUAAUCUUCAUAAAUUAAUUUAAUUAAUAGAUAAUUUCAUUUAACUUA